AGAGUAGUAAGAAAAAGACUCAUCGCCGAAACCAAGCGACCCGUCUGAAUGAAGUGGCAAAAUCUCAUACACAAAACAAACAAAGCAUAGAGAGAGAGAGAGAGAGAAAGAGAGUCAGAGAGCUCUCGCGCUUAGCUCAUCUUUCCAUGGCAGCCACAGCUCGAGCUUUCGUUCUUUCUCGCUUCACAGACCUAUCUCUACGGCCUCGACAGCCUCCCCAACCGCCACCACCUCCGUCACCGCUCUCCUCUUUUUCACGGCAACGUUUUCUUCCUUCCUUACAACGGCGUCGUUUUGCUAAGUCAUCAUCGCCCGUGGUCAAGGUUUGCUCCCUCAUCUCUGGAGUUGACGGAGGUGGUGUUUCCGACGAGUUUGUUUCGACUCGGAGAUCUACCUUUGACCGGGGCUUUUCUGUAAUUGCUAAUAUGCUUAGGCGAAUAGAGCCUCUAGACACUUCCGUUAUUUCCAAGGGUGUUUCUGAUUCAGCUAAGGAUUCCAUGAAGGAGACGAUCUCUACUAUGCUAGGGUUGCUUCCUUCCGAUCAAUUCUCAGUGACGAUAAAUGUUUCUAAAGGUCCUCUCGAUCACCUUCUCGUGUCUUCCAUAAUUACCGGGUAUACACUGUGGAACGCAGAGUAUCGGUUAUCGUUGAUGAGGAAUUUCGAUAUUCCGACGGAAAGUUCUGAGAAGUUGAAACAAUCAUCGCGGGAAGGGGUUUCGGAAGAAGGAAAGAUUGAAAACAAGGACGGUGAAAUUGUUUUUGAGACGACUAUUGAAGAAUUAGAAACAACGAGUCCUCAGAUUUUUGGGAACCUAUCCCCGGAAGCUUUGAACUAUAUUCAACGGUUACAGACGGAGUUAUCUAAUGUGAAAGAGGAACUGAAUGCUCGAAGACAAGAUAAUCUACAAAUAGAAUAUAACAGAGAACAUCGAAAUGAUUUAUUGGAUUAUCUUCGGUCUUUGGAUUCUAAUAUGGUGAUUGAAUUAUCGAAACCAUCUUCAUCAGAAGUGGAAGAAAUAAUACACCAACUUGUUCAAAACAUAUCUCAGAGAUUCUUCAAAGACGACGGCGAUUCAAAUUUUAUUGGGGAGUCAGUGACGCCAAACAGAGAAAAUCUUCCUAACGACAAUGAUGAAUUUUGCAACACCAUGGGCACCUCACGGGAUUACCUAGCGAAGCUUCUUUUCUGGUGCAUGCUAUUGGGUCAUCAUUUAAGAGGCUUGGAAAACAGAUUACAAUUAAGUUGUGUUGUUGGAUUGUUGUAAAGAGAGGAAAGUGGGAAAAUCAUGUAUAUUCUUACUACCUCCUUUUCCUUUGUCUUUUUUCUUUCCUCCCCCUCCUUUUUUUAUCUAUAUUGUUCUCAUUUUCUUUUUAUAAAAUUAAUCUAAGUUAAACCAUUCUCAAGUUCCGAUCGAUCACUCUUUGUUGUCAUAAUAAUGACAUUUUGUAUUUCAUUCACUAUAAAAGCAAGAGUACAGAAAAUCAGAAACCUCAAA